GACACUGUAAAGCGACUUACCGGAAGUCUCUGGAGGCCGCGUGUAUUACAAAACGUGAACGAUUCUUUAAGAGGGCCUUUCUGCUAUCUAAUAUGGGGAAGAAGGGGAAAGUCGGAAAGAGCCGGAAGGAUAAGUUCUAUCAUUUAGCCAAAGAGACUGGUUACCGGUCUCGUUCUGCAUUCAAGCUUAUUCAGCUAAAUAGAAAAUUUCAAUUUUUGCAGAGAGCUCGUGCUCUUGUGGAUCUGUGUGCUGCCCCAGGAGGCUGGCUUCAAGUUGCGGCAAAGUUUAUGCCAGUAUCCAGUCUUAUUAUAGGAAUAGACCUAGUACCCAUAAAACCCAUUCCUAAUGUGUUGACUCUACAGGAAGAUAUAACGACUGAGGACUGCAGACAGGCAGUGAAGAAGCAUUUGCAGACAUGGAAGGCAGACGUGGUUCUGAAUGAUGGUGCACCAAAUGUUGGAGCAAACUGGACACAUGAUGCUUUCUCACAAGUGCAUCUCUCUCUGAUGGCCCUUCGUCUAGCCUGUGACUGUCUCUCCAGAGGUGGUUGGUUCAUUACUAAAAUAUUUCGCUCAUCGGAUUAUCAGUCACUGCUCUGGAUCCUACAGCAGUUUUUUAAGAAAGUGAACUCCACCAAGCCCCAGGCAUCUCGCAGUGAGAGUGCAGAGAUCUUUGUCGUGUGCCAGGGUUUUUUGGCCCCAGAUAAAAUAGACACCCGAUUCUUUGACCCCAAAUUUGCUUUUAAAGAUGUGGAUGGCCCUGUGCAGACUGUGUCUCAGCUGUUGUCCCAUAAGAAGCCAAAGGCAGAAGGUUAUGCCGCUACAUCACUUUCUCUUUAUCAUUGUGCAUCUUUGGUUGACUUUCUUACAGUGGAGAAUCCUGUUGACUUUCUCUCAAAAACCAGCGAGAUUGCUCUGGAUGACACUGAGCUCGAGAAACAUCCAGCCACAACAAAUGAUAUACGCGAAUGUUGUCGAGAUAUCAAAGUAUUGGGCCGAAAGGAGCUUAGGUUGCUCUUAAACUGGCGUUCUAAACUACGCAGACAUCUUGCCAGAAAAUUAAAGGAGGCAUCUAAAGAAUCUGCAAUGGAAAUAAUUCUUAGUUCUGAUGAGGAAGAAGAAAAGCAAAAGAAGGACAUAUGUGAUAAAGAUUAUAAUCUGGAGGAUGAAGAACUGCACAGGAAGCUGGCUGAAGUUAAAGCUGAAGAACUAACAGCACUUAAGAGGAAAAAGAAGCGUUUAUUGAAGACCCAGAGGCGGCAGAGAGAGCGGGUUGAACUUAAAAUGGAUCUUCCUGGAGUUUCUAUUGCUGAUGAAGGGGAGACUGGCAUGUUUUCACUGCAUACAAUUGGCAAGAAUGAGCUUCUGCAGACACUCUCUAAAGGGGAUAUGUGUGCCGCAGACUCCCUUAUAUUAGAUGACAUUCAUAAUGAUGAUGUUGUUUUCUCAAAUGAUGAGACUGAAGAAUUGGAGGGAGUAGAUGAAAUAUCUCUUGCAAGUGAUUUGGAAGAUUAUGAGCUGCAGGAAAUUCAUGCAUGUGAGAAAAGUGCAAGGAACAAAAGAAUUCAGUAUCCGGUUAAAGAUUGUUGGAUGAAGGAUGAAGUACAGAUUAACCCGUUACUUGUUUCUCUAGAAGAUACAUCAGAUCGUGAACAGAGAGACACCAGUAUGUGGUUUGGAAAGGGAAUAUUUUCUUCAUUGGAUCUUGGUGCAGAUGAAGAUAUGGAGAUUAAGCAAAUGCAACUUUUGAAAGGAAAUAAAAUGGGCAAUAUCCCACUGAAAAUGCCAGAUCAAAUUAGAAAUAAACCUUUACAACUUGGCCUGGCCACGUCUGCAGCCAAAUGUGUUGAAAAGUCUGGGGCUAUAACCAGCAGCACUGCAAAGGUGACAGAGUUUAUGCAAAGAUCUGAAGAAACCUCAUCAUCUAAAGUGUGCUCUAAAGAUAUUUCAGGGAAAAAUGAUUCAAGCAACUCUGAUAGUGACAACAGCGAGGAUGAGUUCAUUGCCAAGACUAUGGAAAGAAGUGCGGGAAAAAGGAAAGAGCAAGGAGAAGAAGAUAAAGCAGAUUUUGAAGUAGUUGCUAUAGAACGUACAGUUAAACGAUCUCGUGUGGUGGGCCCAGAUGGCCUUGCUCUUGGAACAGUUAUUGCUACAUCUAAGAAAUCAACAAGAGAUCUAAUUGAUGGUUCCUUCAAUAGACGUAAUUUUAAUGAUGAUGAGGAUGAACUCCCGGAUUGGUUUGUGUCAGAAGAGAGGAAGCACAGGAUUGUUCAAGUUCCUGUUGAUCGACAUAUGAUGGAAGACUAUCGAAAGCGUCAACGAGAACUAAAUGCUCGUCCCAUUAAAAAAGUAGCUGAAGCAAAAGCAAGAAAAAAGAGAAGGACACUCAAGAAGAUGGAACAAAUGAAAAAAAAAGCUGAAGCAGUGGUUAACACCAGUGAUAUAUCCGAAAGAGAGAAAGCUGCACAGCUUCGUAGUAUAUACAGAAAAGGUGUCCUUGGUAAAGAGAAGCCUCAAGUUACUUAUUUGGUGGCCAAGAAAGGAGUUGGGCGAAAGGUUCGUCGGCCAGCUGGAAUUAAAGGCCAUUUCAAGGUGGUAGAUGGAAGAAUGAAAAAGGACAUGAGAAGUCAACGAAAAAAAAAGUGAAUUAAUACAAGGAUUAAAUUAGUGCUUGCUUUACCCUUUUUGCUGUCUUAUUUAAUUGUUGAAAAUGUACUGAUGACUUUGUGAUAUCAAACAGUACAAGAUAGCAGAGGCAAGGACAUAUAACUAUAGCCCCUACCUUUUUUUGGCCUGUACUAUGUUUUGUGCAUCAUUUUGUGCAUCUUUAGAAUCAUUUUAUUGUCUCAACCUCCACAGCAAUAUUGCAUUAAUAUUGUUGAAUGCAGAUAUAUCUGACUGCAGAAAAUGUGGACUUAGGGAAAGUAUUUACUGGAAUUCCAAAAACCAACAGCCCAUAAAGUUCAGUGUUUUCAAAAAUGGAAUGUUCAAAUUUGUUGGCAAAAUAUUUUUUUCUGUGUUUGUUAAUAUCCUUUCUAUACACUAUAAAACAAAUGUACCCCAAUUUUUUUUUAA